GCCGCGCAAUAAACAUGGAACAUUUGUUCACGUCGCACCUCACACCGCCUUCCUGCACUGCACGGCGCUUGCAUUAGUGCACUGUUCGCCGUAAACGUCGCCGUCGGUAGCGAUGCGAGAAGCGUUGUACAGGCACUGGUAUGUGUUGCCCAUCGAUGCGAACGUCUGCGAAGCUCGAAUGUACGAGAAGUGUUGUGCGCGGGACUACGAGUGAUUCGCCGUUGUUCCCCCGGUUCGAGACUUCUACGCAGGUACGCGCGUUUUCACGACGACGCUACGCGGGCAGUUGACUUCUGUGGACCGCUCGAAACACAGGUCGUAGGGAGUGAGAGAGAAAGAGAGAGCGAGCGAGAGCUAGGGAAAGAGACGGAGAACGGUCCGGCGUUUUGGCAUUUGGCCUGUCCCCUUGGCCAGAAGUGCGCGAGACCGACGAUGCGGCGGCCGCUCGUCCCCGGUCGAAUCUUCUCCCGCGCACGCAUCGACGGAGCGGCGUAACCUCUAAAGUUCGCUCGAGGCUCCGGCAGCCGAUGCUUCCUCCUGACAUAAAACGACGACCCGGACUAACGUCACGCAGAUGGCUCGUCCUACUCCGAACAUGACGUGUCUCGAGCCGCUCGUUGGUCAACUCCCGCGUAAAUCCAUCUCGUCCAUCGCCAGCAGCCCCGGUGGAUAAUCCCCCUUCCUUCCCCCCUCAGCUGCGCGACCAUGAACACUACGAUGAGCACCGGCGUGAGUGGCAGCGGCGACAAGCGUCUACCGGAGACGACCGUGCAGACCGUGGCGCAAAACUUAACUACAAUGCAACAGAAUGUACAGAGUGUGCAGAGUGUGCAGAGCGUGGUUCAGAGUAGUAUACAAAGUAUUCAGCCGACCCAGACUAUUGUAGGGCCACCCAGCAGUCUGGUAGGCAAAUCAGUGUCACUGGAUAUGAAUCCGAAACUGUCCUUAAUGAAGCCCGUAGUACCCUCCGGUACUACCUCGUCUACAGAAACCAGCAAAAUAACAACAACGUUAUGUUCUAUAGGAUCUACAGUAAAAAUAAUAUCACCAGGAAUAUUAAGUACUGUGGAAAGGCAAAUCCCACCACAAACAACACAGUUGUCAUCAAACACAAUUGUACAUCCAGUCAGCAUGCCAGCCACUUACCAUGUGCCACGGGGACCCGCUGCGGUUGCUAAUAUCUCUGCACCUAGGUCAACAGUUGCUACUCCUAUUGUUAGGACAAAUGCAGGACAGAUUGUCCCAACUACUAGACCAGGUAGUACGCCAAUCUCCAAUCCUCAAUGGCAACCUAAGACAACGUCCGUCGCGUUAUACGCGCAACCACAAAGACAUCCCACACCUAUUACCGGCAGCAGAAUCACCAGGCCAUCGUCCACUGUGUAUACGGGACAGCAGCCACGUCUAAUUACGCCGGGGAUGAUUACCAAUCAGGGAAGAUCUGUUCAAGCUACCAUGGUCACGGGUAGUCCGUCCAGGUUAAUAGCGCCCGUCUUGCAAACUAAUCUUACCAGACAUCCAGUUGCACAAAACAGACCGCCGACGCCGCAAGUAGUAACUGUAUCACAGACCUCGCAACCCACCAGAUCGUCAGCACAAACCAUUCAACCCACUCAGCCCAGCAGACCUUUAACUACGACGGGUACGGCGAAACGUAUAGCUGUGUCAACACCUAUCGUAGAGACAGCGAACAGAAUAAGCAGUACGGCUUCGACGGUUACUAUUGGUUCAGUCGAACCAUCAUUAGGUCGACAAUUGUCAAUUAGUGGUAGCACGGUGGCCGGACCAUCGACUGUUAGCCAUAUCGUUAUUCCUUCGCAACAGGUUCAACCACAACAGGGUGCACCGCGUGUUGUCCAAACCGUUACAUCCCUGUCGAGUCUCAGUACUGUAUCGCAAGUAAUUACAACGGCCGCGAAUACACAGUCGAAUACAAUGCGGAUAUUGCAAACAGUUCCGACCACGGUUGCGAAAAUCGCGGGAAUGUCCUUGCAUCCUUUGCCAAUCGCUCUACCAGUAAAGACUGCAUCGGCACCGAUCAAGGCUGCUCCUGCACAGUCCCAAAAUAUUGGACAAACCGUCCAAGUCAAACCGACGCCACAAGCUAAUUUACGUAUGUCGUCCACCAAUAGCAGUACAGCCACGAGUUCCACUCAGCCGGUUCAAGGACAGUAUAUACAUCCACCGCAUACCACUACCACAUAUCUUUCUUUUGAGACUACAGGAACGUAUUCACAAUUUCGACAGGCUUCAGUGCAGCCGGUGAGAUUAGUUGUUGAGCCAGGGUAUGAGGAACCUCAUGGUAAACCUAACGCAUCUCCCAGACCAAGUAUCCUGAGAAAAAGAGAUCAUGACAAUUCACCAGUUAAAGGGGAGUCACAAUUUCUUACAGGUGCGGCUAAAAAUUUAAUUCCUGUACUAGCAGCUUUGCCAUCAAACAGAUCAAUAUCCAGUCCGCCGUGCUCGCCGAAAGGCGAUCAGGAUGGUGGUUGCCAGAGUUCUGGAUCCACGACCGUAUCCGCUACGUCUUCGCCAGGUCUCGAUGAGGAACUUGAUCAAUCCAGGAUUACUAUUAAUCCCACUAUAGAAAUGUCACCGAGAAAAAAGCCUCGCAAGCAACAGCUUACAGGUGUAGAAUUAACUGAACCUCGAUGUACAGAGGAAGAGAUGCAAUUCAUCACGGAAGAAAAAUUGAAGAAAGAGAUCAAAGAGGAAUCAAAAGAGAAGCUGUCUGACAAAAGACAACUUUGCAAUGUACAAAGUGAUAUUAAAUCAUCUACUCAGCAAACAGAAAUCACAAUACGGACACGGCCUGUACCAAGUUUAUUAGGCUCUUCUUGGAAAUGUAAAUGGUCAGUUAGGUUACACCAUUAUAGAAGACCUAGCGAUGUAAGACCUCGAGAGGAAAGAAGACCAACAGUCGCUGAACUAGCACAACAAAAGCACGUAUUACAAAAACUGAAUGGAUGGAAAGUUUAUCAUCUUACUACGCAAAUGGAAGAUAUCGCAGCUCUUGAAAAACAGGUUCAUGAAAAAUUAAAAACGACGCUCAUGCUGCUGGAAUCACAGCAAACUGUUAAAAGCAAACAUAGCGAUGGGCUUGAACGUGUGAACGAACUGAUUAAAGGCAACAUGCAACGCAGUAGUUUAAUCAGCGAAGGCAUGAACGAAGCACGUACACAGCUCGUAGCUAUAUUUCAACAUAAAGGCCCUAUUACUGAUUUAUUGCAACGCUGUGGUAACAAACGGGCGCAAAAAAAGAGAGACAAAUGAGCUGUCGUGCUAAAUAAAUACGUAGAAUCUUUAUAAACGAACUUUGUUGAAGGAAAGUUCAAAAGGGAACUAUUUUUAUCUGUGUCACAGAUUCUAUAUAUAGGAAUAAAUAAAUGGUUUUAUAAGUCUAAAAGACAUGACUAUGUCACUAUAUAUAAUAACAUGUUUAUAAUUUUAUUAUAUAAAUCUAUAACGUUUUUAUUUUAAUAUAAUACUUCUUACUCCUCUAGCCAAA